AUGAAGUCUCAGGAAGUAAAGGGAAUAGUUACGACGGCUGUUGCCACCAUCGUUGUCGGACUGCGACUGUUCACCAAGUUGAAGGUCGCCCGCGAGAGGCUGAACCUAGCGGACUACCUCAAUGUUGCGGCACUUAUCACAGCUUGGUUAUUUGCCAUCAUGCUCUUUCUUUAUGACCCAUGGAUCGAGAAGAUGACUGCCAUGGGCAUGGAUGAGGAACAGAAGCAGCAAACAUCCGAACAGGGUUUCGCUCUUUUUAACGCAGUGACGAGUAUCUUCUUCUCUCUCGCUCUCACAUUUGCGCGAUUGGCUAUCUUGGUAUUCUACCUCCGUCUGUCGCCGAUACUGCCCUUUCGCUGGUCUGUGUAUACGGUCAUUGUCUUCCUGUGCCUAUACACAGGGGCCUCCAUUCUAACAUCUUUGCUGGUAUUCUCAGUUGCUCUUCGAGAGAAGAUCAACCACGCAGACCAGGCGCUUGGUAUGUUUUACGGCAUUGCCAACAUCGCCGUUGACAUAUGUAUUCUCAUCUUGCCCCUCGGAGUCGUGCUGCCCUUGCAGAUGAGCGCCAAGAGAAAGGUCGCACUGCUGCUUCUACUCGGAGCUGGAGCCUUCGUCUGUGCAAUUUCAAUAUAUCGAGUCCUCACGCUUACAUUCAUCUCUGAUGAUGAACAUGUCGUCAAAUCGGAUGCCAUAGCCCGCCAGUUGAUACUAAGCUUCGCUGAGACCAACGGGGCCAUCAUCUGUGGCUGCGUGCCGAUUACUGCUCGUUUCUUCACUCAGUUCUUGCCAGAAGUCCUGACUUGCUAUCGCAAGCUUUCGACGUGCCCAGGAUAUAACACCAGAAGCGAGGGGUUCUCUGCGUACUCGACGACGGUCGAGAAGAACCGUAGAAGAAGGGAUGGCCGCAAGGUCGGCAGAAGGGCCAACAGCGCCAGUGCACUGAGGGGCUCUCGAGACGGAAUGGCACACACUGAAGAGUAUGAGAUGAACCAGAGCUACGACUCCCUGGAACGGAAUGUCCUCGGAAAAGGCCGCGCUGACACAACCAUCUGUGCGGAAACCCAAGUCUUCGCCCCGGACCAGGAACAUGGUAUCACGUGCAUCCAUGACACACGAGUGUCAUAUGGACCACAGACGAUCCAAGUCUUCAAUUGA